AUGCUGAUCACCGUGUACUGUGUGCAGAGGGACCUCUCCGAGGUAACCUUCUCUCUCCAGGUCAGCCCUGAUUUUGAGCUUCACAACUUCCGUGUACUGUGUGAGCUUGAGUCUGGCAUCCCCGCUGAAGAAACCCAGAUCAUUUUCAUGGAGCGGCUCCUUGUUGACGAUCAUCGUCCCUUGGGUUCCUAUGGGCUGAAAGACGGUGAUGUUGUCAUCUUACUGCAGAAGGACAACAUGGGGCCCAGGCCUGCAGGACGCACACUCAAUCAGCCUCGGAUGGAUAGCAAUGGGGUAGCAGCCACGCCUGGAACAUCCAGCUCACGCCAGCAACCGUCCCAGCAUCAUCGUGUGCCAACAGUCCAGCUGACACGCGGCUUGGCCUCAGGAGAGAAGGUGGUCUCUUCCCAGAGUUUCAACAACCCAGCCUUGAUCCGCAGCAUGCUGCUUUCCAAUCCUCACGACCUAUCCCUGCUCAAAGAACGCAAUCCUCGCUUGGCAGAAGCUCUGCUCAGCGGAAACCUUGAGAGCUUCUCUCAGGUCCUGAUGGACCAGCAAAGGGAGAGGGCCUUGAGAGAGCAAGAGAGGCUUCGCCUCUUUUCAGCUGACCCUUUUGAUCUGGAAGCUCAAGCCCGAAUUGAAGAAGAAAUCCGGCAGCAGAACGUUGAAGAGAACAUGAACAUAGCUAUGGAAGAGGCCCCGGAGAGUUUCGGACAAGUGGUGAUGCUUUAUAUUAACUGUAAAGUGAAUGGACAUCCUUUGAAGGCUUUUGUGGACUCGGGGGCACAGAUGACCAUCAUGAGCCAAGCUUGCGCAGAAAGAUGCAACAUAAUAAGGCUGGUGGACCGACGGUGGGCAGGGAUUGCCAAAGGGGUGGGGACCCAAAGAAUUCUUGGCCGCAUUCAUUUAGCUCAAAUUCAGAUCGAAGGGGAUUACUUACAAUGCUCCUUGGCUAUACUGGAAGAGCAGCCCAUGGACAUGCUUCUAGGCCUAGAUAUGCUCAAGAGGCACCAGUGUUCCAUUGACUUGAAGAAGAACGUGCUGGUGAUCGGGACCACUGGCACACAGACCCCCUUUCUUCCUGAGGGAGAGUUACCCCUGUGUGCUAGGCUGGUGGAUGAUCUUGAGCAUGAAGACUCUUUGGACAAGGAAACAGCCAGAGCUAUUAAAAAGUCACCCAUGGAUUUGGGAAGGAAAAAGCAUUGA